UAGCCAGGAGAGUUGUGCAAACACUUUGAUGUUAAUAAACUAAGCAUAUAUUUCAUCAGAAAUAGAAGUAGAACUAUUUGCUGUCUCUAGCUAGUAUUUCGGCGUGGUUACACGGCGAGCGUAGCUAGCUGCCGGGUGGCAAUGGGCUCCCGCCGCGACGACGAGGAGCAGGCAGCUGCCGUGCCCCUCCUAGCGGCGGCAUACCCAACUCCGAGCGGCCUGAGACGGAGCCACGCCGGCGACGUUCACCUCCUGUCGGCCGCCUUCCUCUUCGUCUUCUCCGCCUACCUCCCCACGCAGAACCUGCAGAGCACACUCAACACCGAGGGCAACCUGGGCGCCGUGUCCAUGGGGAUCCUGUACGCCUCCUUCACCGUGUUCACGGCGACGGCGGCGGCCGUGGUGCGGUGGCUGGGGUCGAGGGGCGCGCUCGUCGUCGGCACCAGCGGCUACGCGCUCUUCAUCCUCGCCAACCUCCUCCCAACGUGGUACACGAUGGUGCCGGCUUCGGUCUACCUGGGUUUUACUUCAUCCCUCAUGUGGGUUGGCCAGGGCACAUAUCUCACGUCCGCUGCCUUCAGCCAUGCGACAGAGAACAAGCUUCAUUUGGGCCAAGUUUUGGGUCGAUUCAACGGGGAAUUCUGGGGAAUGUUUGCAAGCACGCAGGUCAUUGGAAAUUUGAUCUCGCUCGUGGUGCUGGGAAAUGACAAGGAUGGAGGAGGUGCCAACAAGAAGAACCUCUUGUUCACUGUAUUCCUCGGCUGCAUGGUCAUCGGCAUCGUGCUGAUGUGCCUGCUCUCCAGAAGAGAUAAGAUCAGAGGAGAAUCAGACGGCCAUGAACCCCAAGGACGUUCCUUUCUCCCUGACACGUCGGGAUCUGCCGUCACGCCGCUCGCUGACCCGAGGAUGCUCCUCCUCGCUCCUCUCCUCGCCUACUACGGCCUGCAAAAGGCGUUUGUAUGGGCUGUGUUUACCAAGAGUGUCGUGACCCCCGUUCUCGGGGUCGCCGGAGUCGGCGGGGCGAUGGCAGUCUACGGCGCGGCCGGUGUCGUCAGCUCGCUGGUCGCCGGCCGUCUGACCUCCGGCCUCCGUUCGUCCACGUUCAUUGUGUCAACCGGAGCUGUUCUCCAGGCCGGGGUGCUGCUCUGGCUGCUCUUUCUCUACAGUCCCAUGGACGGUCUGCUCGGGUCAGCAGCUCCGCUGGUCGUCGGCGCCGUAUGGGGCGUCGGAGAUGGGAUUCUGAACACGCAGUUGAGUGCGUUGAUCGGCCUUCUCUUCGAGAACGACAAGGAGGCGGCAUUCGCGCUGGGGAAGAUGUGGCAGGCGGCGGCGACGGCAGCGGUCUUCUUCCUGAGCCCCGGCGCCACGCUGCAGGGCAUGCUCGCUGCGCUGGCCGCCGCGCUGGUCGUCGCCGUGGCGGCUUUCCUGUUCCUCUCACUCGUCAUCGAGAGGUCGCACGCGCUGAAAUUCUGACGCAUGCACGGCUCCGCGGCUUUGUAAGUAUCAUAGGCGUGGAGGAGACAAACAGAUAGAGAUGUAAAACUAGGAGAAUGUGUAGUUUUUGGAAAAGAAAGCUUUUUCCUUUUGAUCUUUCU